AUGGAUCUCCCCGGCGCCUCCCUCCGUGCUCCUCCCCCUCGCGGCCUCGGCGCGCUCGCCGUCUCGGCGGACGCCGUCAGGCUUAGCACCAUCACCGCCAUCCUCCGCGACCGAGACCACUAUGAAGUGACGGUUUGCACUGAUCCGGCGGCGGCCAUGGCGGUGCUCCGCGCGGGGAACAAGUUCGAGGUCCUGCUGGUCGACAUGCACUCCCUAGGCUGCGGCGCGCCGGCCUUAGAGCUCUUGGAGUGUGCCGUCGGCGAGAUGCACGUUCACACACAUGUUAUUUCGAAAAAUGGCGAUCGCUAUGGACCCCUAGAGAUGAAGGAUCUCGGUAUUAUCAGGAAUGCCAUCUACAAUGAAGCAACCAAUGGAUCUAAGUCACCGGGGGCCAUGCCGAACAGUCCAUGCAACAACUCAUCGGUGGAGACAACACCCACAACAACAACCUUAGUAAUUUCAGGAAGGAGGGCAACAAGAAGGAGGAUGGGAAGGACACGAGUAAACGAUACAAACAGUCAGGAGCUGGAUGAAGUGAAUGUCAAGAAUGAGAAACAAAAACCGGUUGAGAAGCCAACGAAGGCCCGGGUCAUUUGGACUGACGAACUACACAAGAAGUUCGUGGAAGCACAUGACAAACUCCUCCCUGGAGAUGCUGUGCCGAAGAAAAUACUUAAGUUGAUGAAUGACCCUACACUCACUAGAGAGAACAUUGCCAGCCACCUUCAGAAACAUAGGAUGAAUCUCGAUCCUCUUCGUAAGGGCAAUACUGGAACAAGGAAUAAAAAAUUAACACCUCCCCAAGCAUCAUUGCUCUCUCCUAACUUGUCUCGGCAACAGGCUUCUUCUACAAUGAUGCAAUCUUUGUCUAGUGCAAACUUUCCGGAGAUUAUUACGACACAAGCUGUUGUUUGCAUGAACCAUAAUAUGAAUGAUUCAGGCAGUCAUCCGGUGAUACAGAUGAAAUCAUUUAAGGCAUCAGAAGAUAUGUACACCGGAGAUAAUGAAUCUACAAAAAAUAGCACAUGGUCUGGUGGUAAUUCAGAUAAUGCCGGCUGCCAGGAAAAUAGCAUCGAGUUUUCGAUAAAAGAGCCUAAGCUUUCAUGGGAUCAAGUGUAUUUCUACACCAAUGGUAACUAAAACACUUUGUCCAAAAACACAUGAAGGACCGGUUUCCAAGACUAUUAGUGGAGAGUCCAUCUUAGUUUUUGAAUACAUAUAGCGUGUUAAGGCGGAUAAUGGUUAUGUGCUUAGCAUUUUUAUGUAAGGAGAUGGUUGUGCGAUCGGAUUUUGUAAAAUCUCAUUUUGUGGACCACAUACUCCAACAAAUUCUUUGUGUGUA